AUGGGCUCCAUGCUACUUCCCUCCGAACCUUUCAGCAUCCCGCAACUCGUGCGCUACUUCCCCGGCCAGAAGUACAACCUCCACACAGAUUUCUGGCCCGAACACCAGAUCACCACUCUCGAAAAUGGAAGGCGGGUCUACUACAACCGCGUCGCGUCGUUCUUCGUCUUUCUGCGCGAUAAUUGCACGAAUGGGUAUACGUCUUUCCCUCUAGUCGAGCCUUCGUCGUCUAUCGAUCUAGAAGGUCUCUAUCACGGCAAAGUAGCUCAUGGGGAGAUGGAUGGAGAAGCUCAAGGCAUUAAGUUCCAGCCCAUUCAAGGAAACGCGGUGUUUUGGGUUAAUUUGGACAAGCACGGCAGCGGCGAUAGAAGAGUCGUACAUGCUGGCUUGCCUGUGGGCGAAGGAGAGAAGAUUGGACUGAAUCUCUGGCCUAGAAAAUACUUUGGGUACGUGGACGGUGAUAGUGUUGAUGAGGCAGAGACGGCGCAGGCGGCACGGCAGGGAUGGAGUGGGAAAUGGAAGGACUAG